CGCAUCAACAAUUACACGUGCUCAACUGAUAAAUAUGGUUAAGUAAAUGGACGAACAAUAUGAGAGAAGUGUAAUGUGGACUUGAGGGCAGGGUUUGUGUAGCGCAGCCCAGCCCCAACAUGACACACAGCCAAAGAGGAGGAACCAAACACACUCACUCGAGUUAUUAUCAGUGAAAAUUACUCCACUAAACACCCAAGAGCCCCAACGGGGAAUAAACGUUUUAUAACAAACAGAAAAUGUCGUUCAUCCCCGGUCAUCCUGUCACAGCAGUUGUGCAACGAAUUGAGAUUCACAAACUACGGGAUGGUGAUAAUUUAAUAUUAGGAUUCAGCAUUGGAGGGGGAAUCGACCAAGAUUCAAGCCAGAAUCCUUUUUCUGAAGACAAGACAGACAAGGGCAUCUACGUCACACGCGUGUCUAAAGGUGGACCUGCAGAGGUGGCUGGUCUCAGGAUGGGAGACAAAAUCAUGCAGGUGAACGGCUGGGACAUGACUAUGGUGACUCAUGAUCAGGCACGAAAGAAACUCACCAAGAAGAAUGAAGAUGUGGUCAGGCUUCUCGUCACUAGAAAAUCCCUGGAGAAUGCAGUCAGACAGUCCAUGAUGCAACACUAAUGCAGAUCUAAUCGAAUGUCUUUAUUGGUUAAUCACAUGUUCAGAACAUGUUUUAACUAAUAAAAAACAAACAGCCUCCCUCAGCCAAAGAGUGAUGUCAAGAAACCCUUUAUACUCAGUGUGGACUAACAAGGACUUGUGUUAAAGAUCAUUUUGAUGUAUUGAACUCUAACUGAACCAGUGUGUGUGUGAGUACAAUCUAAAGAUUGUGGUUUGCAUUCCAUACUUUGCUACACUAAUUUAAAUUUAGUUACACUUUAUACUACACUAUCUUUAGCACAUACUCCUGAAUGUAUCUUGGAGUCUAUAAACUCCAUAUCAUUUCAUUCAUAGAUCUCAAGGGCUACAGUGAAUUGUGUUCACCUCAUUUCUCGUUAACGCUUACACCUACAUAUACGCCCAUUAAUUAAUCAAUCAAGUAAUGUGGGAAACAGCCAGCAUACAGUUGUACUUCAAUGACCACUAAUUUUGCUAUUUUUUGUUUCUCUUCAUCUUAUAACUUUGUUUUUGUACUUAAUUAACACAAUAUUAGCCUAAUGAUGCUAUUGAAAUAUCAUCCUCUGACCAGAUAAAUGGCUCCAUCUGGAUUUGGCACAAUUGAGAACACUGCAGUUUUGUAUUUAGCAAUACUUUUUUUUUCUCUCUCUCAUUUUUCCUGUUUUGAAAAUGUUUUUGAUACAGAUUUUUUGGCGUUUGAUUGUAUGAAGAUAUAUUUUCACGUAAGCGAAUAAAGUAAUCUUC